GGUUGUAUAUUAACAGGAACGCCGAGGACAGGGCGGCUCUGAGGAACCGAGGAAGUGUGAACCUGAGAAGCAAACAACUUGGAGAGGAAAACCUGGAUUUGGAUCAAGCAGGAUCCGCCUGUUUUGUGGUGGAUCGGACAUUUAUCCGCCUUCAGAGGUGAAGAUGAGGCCUUCCAGCUGGUGGCUGCUGCUGUACAGCUUGGGGGUGAUUGCAGCUCCGUGUCGAAGCUACGCACAAUGUGUGGACGGCAUCACCAUCAACGUGAUCCUGCUGGAGGACGAGGAGUCUCCCUGGAGCCUGAAGUAUGUGGAGAGAGAAAUCCUGGCGGCGAUAGAGAAAGAUGCGGCUAUUAGCGCCGCAGAAGGAGUCAGAUUUAAUCUCACGGCCAACUUUGAGGGAUUCAACACCACCAUCUACAGCAAAAGAGGCUGCGGCAGCAGUCCCUGUGAAGCGGUGGAGAAACUUCAGAAACUGUUGAUUACAGGCGAGCUCGGCUGCGCUGUGCUCGGACCAACCUGCACCUUUGCCACGUUCCCGUUGGUUGAUGCAGAGAAAGGCUUCAACCUCAGCACGCCCAUCAUCUCAGCGGGAAGCUUCGGGCCCUCCUGUGACUACGCCCUCAACCUGCAGCGGGUUCUGCCUCCGGCACGCAAGAUCUCAGACUUCUUCAUCAACUUCUGGCUGGAGGAGAACAGCAUCAAACCCAAGUGGGAAAAGACUUAUCUCUACAAAAAGAACGACAACACGGAGGACUGCUUCUGGUACAUCAACGCUCUGGAAGCCGACGGCAGGUUCGCCACAAACGUUACAAGAACGGUGCUGCGCAAACCUGAGGAAGUGAGCGAGGUCCUCAAGUCACAGGAGAACAGGACCAGCAACCUGUUCAUCAUAUGCGGCUCAGUGGCGGACCUGCUGGAGGUGAAAAAUGGCUCCAAAGCAGCAGACAGCAGUGAAUUCCUCUUUAUCCUCAUUGAUCUUUACAACGACGUCUACUACACCAACCGCUCCUCGCUGCCAGAGAUGAAGAACGUUCUGGUGCUGACCAUGCCCAACACCAGGGAGUACGUCAUCAACUCUGACCUCAGAGACAACAAGACGAUGAACGACUACAUGGCUGCCUACCACGACUCAGUGCUGCACAUAGGACAAGUGAUGAGAGACAUCAUCGCCAAAAACACGUCAGAGAGUCAGAAAAUGGACUUUGUGAAUGUGAAUUACUUCAGAAACACGUCCUUUAAGGGAAUCGCGGGACUUUAUAAGAUGGACCCCUAUGGAGACAGAGAUGUCAACCUUUCGCUCAUUUACACCACGACUAACAAUGAGUACAAGCUUUUAUUCACCUUCGACACGGAGUACAACGAAACACGCGUGGAGGACAUGGACCCGGCCUUCGUCUGGGGAGAGAGGCUUCCUGAGAGCGGUAGAACCUCUGAACUGAUCGGUCCUGCUAUCCAAAACAUCAUAAUGGGCGUGCUGGCCUUCAUAGUGGUGGUUGUGGCCUCCAUCGCAUUCAUCUUCUACAGGCAGAACCGGAAAGAUCGGCGGCUCAGGAAGCGUUGGUCCCACAUUAACUCAGACCUCAUCGCUCUGCUCGAGGACAGCGAACACAACAUCAUCUCAUUAAAGAUAGAAGACGAGAGGAAGAAGGUGAAAUUCCAGAUCCGCCGUGCGCUCUACGACAGGAAGAUUGUGAUUCUGAAGGAGCUGAAGAACUCAGACGGGAACUUCAACAAAGCCCAGAUGAUAGAGCUCAACGCGCUUCUGCACAUCGACUAUUACAACCUCACAAAGUUUUACGGCACGGUCCGGUUCGACGAGGGCGUGUUCGGCGUGUUCGAGUACGGAGAGCGGGGCUCGCUCCGGUAUGUGCUGAACAACAAGGUGUCGUACCCAGAGGACACCUUCAUGGACUGGGAGUUCAAAAUCUCCGUCAUGUACGACAUUGCAAAGGGCAUGUCCUACCUCCACGCCAGCAGCAUCCAGGUGCACGGCCGACUCAAGUCCACCAACUGCGUGGUGGACAACCGCAUGGUGGUGAAGAUCACAGACUUUGGCUGCAACGCCUUCCUCAGCAGCAGCAAAGAUCUGUGGACCGCCCCGGAGCACCUGAGGAACGGCGGUAAUUCUCAGAAAGGAGACGUCUACAGCUUCGCCAUCAUCUCCCAGGAGAUUAUUGUGAGGAAGAACACCUUCUACACCAAAUCCUGCUGCGACCGAUCAGAGAAGCUGUCCCGGGUGAUGACGUCCUACAUCAGACCGGACCUUGAUGCUGAGUCGGCCUCAGAGAAAGAGCUGGAGGUGUACAUGCUGAUAAAAAGCUGCUGGGACGAGGAUCCUGAAAAAAGGCCCGACUUUAAGAAGGUGGAGAACUGCCUGGGGAAAAACAUCAGUAAGAUUCACAACCAGGACAACGAGAGCUACAUGGACAACAUGAUCCGGCGGCUGCAGAACUACUCCAGGAACCUGGAGCACCUGGUGGAGAAGAGGACCGCCCUGUACAAAGCGGAGCGGGACCGGGCCGACUUCCUCAACUUUAUGCUGCUUCCUGGGCCGGCGGUGAAGAGCCUGAAGGAGACGGGCGUGGUGGAGCCAGAGCUGUACGACGAGGUGACCAUUUAUUUCAGCGACAUCGUGGGCUUCACCACGCUGUGCCAGUACAGCACGCCCAUGGAGGUGGUGGACAUGCUCAACGACAUCUACAAGGGCUUCGACGGCAUCCUGGACCACCACGACGUCUACAAGGUGGAGACGAUUGGCGACGCCUACAUGGUGGCCUCCGGUCUGCCCAGGAGGAACGGGAACCGGCACGCGGUGGACAUCUGCCGCAUGGCGCUGGACAUCUUGUCCUUCAUGGGAACCUUCCAGCUGCGGCAUCUGCCCGGCAUCCCUGUGUGGAUACGCAUCGGCGUGCACUCAGGUCCCUGUGCGGCGGGCGUCGUGGGGAUGAAGAUGCCCAGGUACUGCUUGUUUGGCGACACCGUCAACACGGCGUCUCGGAUGGAGUCUUCAGGACAUCCCCUGCGGAUCCACGUCAGCCAACCCACCAUACACAUCCUGCAGAGGACAGACUGCAGGUUUGAGUACGAGACCAGAGGAGAAACGUACCUGAAGGGCAAAGGAACAGAGACGACCUACUGGCUGAUGGGAGAAACCGGGGAAGACUACGACCUCCCUACUCCACCCACAACGGAGAACGUCCAGCGUCUGCAGCAGGAUCUCGCUCACAUGAUCCUGGCCUGUCUGGAGCGCCGGAAACUGGGGUCUGUGCGGAGGAGGAAGACGGUUUCAAGCGUGGAGGAGGAAGAGGAGGACGAAGGCCGGGAAUCAGAGGUGGAGUCUGAGGACGGCCCGCCGGAGUACCUGCAGCUGGCCACCGUGGACAACACCCUCAGCACCUUCCUGUAGAGAACCUGGAGGAGUCUCAGCGCCACACAGGCCUGAAGCAGGAACAAAGAUGGCCGACAGACUUUUAAUAAAUGAAGACUUUAAAGCCUGCAGGGAAAGGCAAAAUACCUUUGCUGAAAUGUUUGAUGUUUCUCUCCUGUUGAGGUUCAGAAUAUAUUCCACUGUUUUUAACACUUUGACUUCUUUAAUGAUUGUAUAACAGCCCUUAGUCAGCCGGGCUGGUGGAUCCUAAUGGGAAUGGGAAUAAUAAUAAAAAAGCAGACGUCUUAA